AUGGUUUAUUUAAUUAUAUUGAAUAGAACUGUGGAAAUGAAGAUUUUUGCAGUUUUCGGUAUUGUGUUAACUUAUUUCUGUGCAGUAACGUUCGGAGCUGAAAGUCUGCACCGAUGUAAUAAAGAUUUUGAGGCAACGAUGGAAUUUUGUUUCAAACAGAACAUAGCUUAUUCAAACAGGUUCCCGAACUUAAAGAGUUUGAGAAAUGCUUGCAUGGGUGAUAGAUAUUGCAAACCUAGAGCAAAGAAUUGUCUUCUAUCAGCACUUCAAGGUUCGGCAUUCAGUAAAUGUCCUUUACAAAGAACCUAUAUAAAAUCAAUAAAUCGGAUGUUCUGAUAAACUUCUGGACAUCUCUUAGUCUGUUAUUUGAAUUUGUAAUGUACAGAUAAAUAAAGUCUUUAUUUUAUUAA